AUGGAACGAGCAGCUCGCGCUAUUCAAGGCCUAUUACCGAGUACCCUUCCUCCAUCUCUACGAGUAACACCUGCAAACCUUUACCAGGUGCUUUCUCGAGCACCCGGAGGCGGUGUUGGCCAGCGUGUACACCAGAUCCGUUGGACGGAGAAAGGUAUAAGAACCUGCUACUGGCAAGUAACACGGACACAGCUCAAGCUCGAGGGGAACCACGGAAAGGCUUGGGGGAAGUUGUACUGGAGAGGCAAACAAAUUAGUGGGCAGGAGGAGAGAAUCAGUGGUUCAUUGAAAUACAAAUGGUCAACAGGUCCAUCUUAA